UUAUUUUUUUUUAAUUAUCCAUAUAAAUGUAGAUUAUUUACAAAUCAUCAAUUCUUUCGCUUCAUAAUACAAUUUUCUAAUGGGUAUAUCUCGCGAUAGUUGGCAUAAAAGAAGAAAAACAGGUGGAAAAAGAGUUCCUCUAAGAAAAAAAAGGAAAUUUGAAUUAGGCAGACCACCAGCCAAUACUAAAUUAGGGACAAGGCGAAUUCAUACUAUACGAACUAGAGGUGGAAAUAAAAAGUAUCGUGCUUUAAGAUUAGAUAUUGGAAAUUUUUCUUGGGGCUCUGAAUGUUGUACCAGAAAAACUAGAAUAAUAGAUGUAGUAUAUAAUGCUAGCAAUAAUGAGUUAGUUAGAACCAAAACCUUAGUCAAAAAUUGUAUAGUAGUAGUUGAUGGUGCACCAUUCCGGCAAUGGUAUGAAUCACAUUAUGCUUUACCUUUGGGUCGUAAAAAAGGAGCAAAAUUAACAGAACAAGAAGAAGCAAUGAUCAAUGCUACUAAAAGUAAGAAAGCUAUGCGCAAAUUUGAAAAAAAAAAACCCCUUGCUGUCUUAGAAUUAGCUGUUGAAGAACAGUUUAUGUCUGGAAAGUUAUUAGCUUGUGUGAGUUCUAAACCUGGCCAAUGUGGAAGAUGUGAUGGAUAUCUUUUAGAAGGAAAAGAAUUGGAAUUUUAUUUGAAAAAAAUUAAAGGAAAAAAAACAAAAUAAUUGCAAUUUAUAUCAUUUUAUUGAAAAUAUUAUAAUAAAAAAAUAUG